AUGCAGGACAACUCGGACGACACCCUCGCAUCAAGAGCGGGGGCCAUUUUCAUCGUCGUCAUCAUGCGACUCGCGGCCCGACCCACCACCACCUCUCCUCCUCCCUCGCACUUCCACCACCCUGCACGGUGGAACGCGUGCCAUACCCUGCAAGAGGGCAUGGAGGUGGACACCGACGACACCCCCGCUUCAAGUGCAGGGGCGUCCUUCGUCGUCGUCAUCGUGUGA